AUGGCGAGCAACGCUAAGGCUGGCAAGAAAGGCGCCGAUGUCUCUGUUCCCGGCGAUCUUUUCGAGCGUCACUUCGCCAACCGUGCCGUCACGAACGACUUGAGGGUCGCAACGAAAGCUCAGCAUGAGAUCUACAAGAGCGAGAAGGCUGAUCUGGAGUCUGGGAACGGAUGGGGACCGCCCGAAUGCUACAAGGCUUACGGUAUCUCUCCACCCAAGAUCCCGAACGAAGAUCUCGACACAACUGUCAAGACCUUGCUCCACGAGCUGAUGGCAAACAUCUGUGAAAGCACGGACAAUUUCGGAGCUGACAAGGACAAGGUGAACCAGGCUUGCCGUCUGUUCUGCGACCGCAUGUUCCGCGUUGCAGGUUUUCCGCAGACGGUGCAUCACGUUGUGGUUCAGGAGGAGAACCGGAUCUAUGCGAAGGAACUCCGUGAUUGGGGUGUGGAGAGCGCCAUGUAUGCCAAUUGGAAGUAG